CCACUCGCUCGGUCAAAUCUUCUUCUUCACCUACCUUACCUCCUCUCCAACUGUCAUAAUCUUUUCUUGUUUUUUUCUCUCUCUUAUUUAUUUUACCAUUCCACUCUGUUUUUUUUUUCUUACAAUUUUAUGAGUUUUUUUUUUUUUUGGCAGAAGGCAGCUUGUGACAAGAAAACAGACAAACAAGGAAGCAGUAACUAAUAUAAAAAAAUAGAAAAUAAAAAAAUUGAUUUGUUGGGUGUGAAAUUGAGAUAGUUGUCCAUCCAGCAACAGCAAGCGUUGUUUCACGACACUAAACUAAACCUACGGCGGCUCUCUCUGCCACAAUCCAAGGUUUAGGUUUAGGUUUAGGUUUUUAGCCAUGUCGGGUCUCUACAACUCCAACUUCUCUCCGGUCAGAGCUGCUUCUCCUCAGAUUAGAACCAACCCAGAAGUUGACAGUCAGUACCUUACGGAGUUGCUGGCAGAGCAUCAGAAGCUUGGUCCUUUCAUGCAAGCUCUUCCCAUUUGCACUCGUCUCUUGAAUCAAGAAAUAUUGAGAGUUUCUGGAAUGCUGUCCAACCAAGGUUUUGGUGACUUUGAUAGACUGCGGCACAGAAGCCCUAGUCCAAUGGCUUCUUCAAACCUCAUGUCAAGUGUCUCUGGAACGGGUUUAGGUGGAUGGAAUAGUCUUCAGCAAGAGAGGUUAAGGGGAACUCCUGGAAUGACAAUGGACUGGCAAGUUGCACCGGCAAGUCCUAGUUCAUAUACCGUUAAGAGGAUUUUGCGCUUGGAAAUUCCAGUUGAUACAUACCCCAAUUUCAAUUUUGUUGGAAGGCUUCUGGGACCCAGAGGCAAUUCUCUGAAAAGGGUGGAAGCUUCUACUGGUUGUCGGGUGUAUAUUAGAGGAAAGGGUUCAAUAAAAGAUCCCGACAAGGAAGAAAAAUUAAGAGGAAGACCAGGCUAUGAGCAUCUGAAUGAGCCACUCCAUAUCUUGAUUGAGGCUGAUUUACCUGCUAAUAUUGUUGACAUUAGGCUCCGACAAGCUCAGGAAAUUAUAGAAGAAUUGCUCAAACCUGUGGAUGAGUCUGAGGACUAUAUCAAGAGGCAGCAGUUGCGUGAAUUGGCGAUGCUGAAUUCAAACUUCAGAGAAGAGAGUCCUGGGCCAAGUGGAAGUGUAUCUCCAUUCAACUCCAGUGGAAUGAAACGAGCCAAAACUGGUCGAUGAAAGAAAGGUAGAUGGGUGUUAUGGUUUUCCAGUGCAUCUCAAACAAAGCAGCGAUGAAAGAAUAGGCUAACAAUUAUUGCUGGUGGUUUUACAUCAUCCCCUUUAUCCUAUAUUUUUCUUCUUAAACAACAGGAGUCAAAGCUAGAAAGGUCUUUAGAAGAAAAAGAUGAUAAAAAAAGAAGAUAAUAUAAUUGGGUAUUGAGAGUAGGCGUGUUCAAAAGAGUCUUUUUUUGGUGUACACUUCAUACAUUUAUUAUUGGAUUUAUUCUUGCGUCCGUAACUUGUGAGAAGCAUGGAAUAUACAUGUGAUGGGGUGAAGUUUCAGGUCUCUAAGUGGAUCAAGUUUUGUGGGCAUGUCACAUGACAUGAUAUGUCUGUCAGGUCUCAACAAUGGUAUUCAAAUUAGUUUGCAUAGGCUGAAUUCUUUAUAGUUGUUUGUCUCAAGCAUUUGUAUUCUAUUCUCUGCGUCACAAAUGAACGAUACAUGUUACUGUCAUGUCUCAGAUAUCAUACCAUGUAUCGGUGAAGGAAAACCCUGGUAUUUGUUUAUAUAGAAUACAGUAUUAUAUAUUAUAUAUUAUAUUAUAUUAUA